AUGGAUAAAUCAGAGGUGUCCUUUAGCCAAAACAUUGAUCAAGAACGAAAAAACAUGCUUCAGAUGAAGUUAUCAUUUAAAGCUGUCGAGGGACAUGAUGAAUACUUAGGUCUUCCAACUUAUAUUGGAGGGUUUAAAAAACAUGUUUUUCAGAAUAUUCAUGAUCGGAUUUGGAAAAAGCUCAAAGGGUGGAAAGAACAGUAUUUGUCUCAGGCCGGAAAAGAAGUUCUAAUCAAAUCUAUUGCUCAAGCAAUUCCUACAUAUGCUAUGCAAUGUUUUUUGAUUCCGACAAGCAUUUUAAAUGUGGUGGAACGACUUUGUCGUCAGUUUUUUUGGGAACAAAGGAAAGAGGAAAACAAGAUUUGUUGGGUGGCUUGGGAAAAGAUGUAUGUCCCAAAAGUCAAGGAGGUCUUAGUUUUAGAGACAUGGAAAUUUUUUAACAAGGCGCUCCUUGCUAAACAAGCUUGGCGUAUCCUCUCAAACGAAGAGUCUCUCAUGGAAAAGGUUCUAAAAGGAAAGUAUUUUCCCCAUUCGAACUUUAUGGAGACUAAAAUUAGCCCAAACUCGAGCUACACUUGGAGGUCCAUUCUUGGAGCUCGUGAUGUCUUGAAGAAAGGUGUUCGAAGAAAUAUUGGAGAUGGAGUUUCGACGCAUAUUUGGCGUGAUCCUUGGAUUCCGACUUUAAAGGACUUUAAUGUGGCAUCGACCAAACCAGAUGACGCUUUAUGCCCGCUGUAUGUCUGCCAGUUGUGGAGUGACAAAAGCUGGAAUUUUGAUGUCCUCAAUCAGGUUUUUUUUUAA